UUGUGCUGCUGCGCCGGCUAUUUAUCUCAGGAGUCGUGACUCUCCCGUUUACACUGGUAGUUAGGUUAUUGGACGGUUCCUGGUUUACCCGCCGUUGCUUCACAAGCCCGUGGCCUUUUCCAUUGCCUCCUUUAAAUGAGACAGAAUGUCGGGCGCAACCCCAGAGUACUCACCGUUCUUCGCAGUGAUGGGAGCCUCCGCGGCUAUGGUGUUCAGCGCCUUGGGAGCGGCCUACGGCACGGCUAAGAGCGGCACAGGCAUCGCCGCCAUGUCUGUGAUGCGGCCGGAGCUCAUCAUGAAGUCCAUCAUCCCCGUGGUCAUGGCUGGUAUCAUAGCCAUCUACGGGCUGGUAGUAGCAGUGCUGAUCGCAAACAACCUCUCAGACAAAAUCACUCUUUACAAGAGUUUCCUCCACCUGGGCGCCGGGCUGAGCGUGGGCCUGAGCGGCUUGGCGGCCGGCUUCGCCAUCGGCAUCGUGGGCGACGCCGGCGUGCGGGGAACGGCCCAGCAGCCCCGGCUUUUCGUGGGCAUGAUCCUCAUCCUGAUUUUCGCCGAGGUCCUGGGUCUGUACGGCCUCAUCGUUGCCCUCAUCCUCUCCACGAAGUAACACGAAGCCGCUACAUUGGUCCUUUAAAAGUUGCUGCUGGAGGGGAAAAAGUGUAAAAAAAGAAAAAUAGAGAAAAUAUGGAGGAAAUGAAAUACUGGCUCCAUAAAUAUGGUCUUUUCUCAACAAUGUGUACAGUCGUCCCAAUUUGAUAGUCAACUUGUAAAUGCGCAAUGUAGUGAUUUGUCUGUCCUGUGUGCGUGUGUUUAAAGAAAAAAAUAGAAAUUGUCGGAUAAAGACUCGUUUUCUCCCUCCACUUUCUUCAGAGGCGGCUCUGCUUUUCCCCACAUCAACCUGGGAGCUGUAAUAUUAUUAUUAAAAACAACAAUCACAAGGAUCUGUUUGUAAAAAAACAUGUAUGGACUUGAGAUUUUUGUUCUGCUGAUUUUUAUUUAUAAUGACGUGUUCACUGAACUGUUGAGAUGCAGCAAAAGUCUAAUUGUCCAAGAUAUUAUACAUAUAUAAAUACAUAAAUAUCACUAGGUUUAAUGCACUGUGGGUUGUGAUAAGUGGUUGGAUUUCCUCUUUUUUUUGAUUAAGAUUGCUUUUGGUCUGUCGCUGGUGGCGUGUAGCUUUAUGAACAUUUCUGGUUUUUUGUUUUUUAAACGUCAGUGUUUUUUCCUCGUAGUGCUGCUGCUGUUUGCAUUAAAGAUGUCGGGUCUCGCCGCUGUGAUUUCCA